CAUUCUCGUAAAAAUUUUGCAUAUAUGUUUGACUGAUGGUCUUUGUUUGAUGUGUGAAAAACAAGACACUCCACUUCGUGAGAAGGCUCCUCAAAUACCUUCAUAUAAUGAGGCUUCAUUAAUCAUAUACUUAAUCCUAAACAAUUCAUAUUGUUUAGAAAUUAUGAUCUUUUUCAUGAGCAAUAUCACAAAGCAGUAUUACACAAUAGUUGAAACCAGCGUACACACUCAGGAUUCCGUUCAAAUUUUGCUGAUGUAACGGCAUUUAUUCCUACAUACGUCAUCAGUCGCGUAGGCAUCCAAAUGUCGCAGAAAUAGGGGACAACAGGAAAGAUGAAACGGAAAUAUUAUUUGUAAUUAAAAUGAAGUGAACUCACGGAGGUGAUAUUGGCAUGUACAAAAGGUCCAUAUAUACCUCGUGUAUAUAAGAAUAGAAAAAGGUGCAGGGGUUUAGUUGACCAAAGAUCUAGAGUUGGACAAUGGCAGCCUUUCGCUCCAAAACUCUUCUGUUCGCUUUGCUGACAGUUGUUCUAUUGGCUUGCACCCGUGGUGAGAGUUAUGACUUCAAAGACGAAGCAGAAGGUUUACCAUCGGAAAACGAAUGGUCGAAUAUUGACGAAGAGUACCAAGAAGAUCAUAUACGAGUGACACCAAGUUUGAUUCAACCAUCACGGACAGCAGUAGGCGUUCAGCAAACUCCAACACCACGAGCAACGCCUACUUUGGGCUUUAGCACAACACGAAGGCUCAGGUUUCGAAGGUUCAGAUCAAGACGAGCAACGUCAAGAAGAAUAACAAGACCACCAAGACCCACAAGAAGGCCAAGACCCACAAGAAGGUCAAGACCUACUUUCCGGCCGAGUGUUUGUCCAUUUGACUGUGGUCUAACGUGCGUGGUUCCUAGGCGAACGAUCUUCCAGCAAAGUUAUGUUUGUGUUUUGCCAAUCUAUAAUGGUUGUCAACGGUGCUGCGCAACAUAUGCUUCAUGUCGUAGAUCAAAUAUUCCUCAAUGGAUAUGUUACCAACGGGCAUUGGAUUGUGUUUGUGAUAACAGAUCACGUUACAGAAAUAUCAGAUGCUAUGGGCGUAGAUGUAUCGGGAAAUUAUUAGGCUAAAUAUCUUUUGAACUGCGUGCAUACAUAACUAAUAUUCAUGCAUUUAUAUAGUCACUGGGAACUUCUAGAAUUCUUUUUGCAAUGAAUGAUAAAGUGUUAAAAUAAUAAACAUGCAUAAAAACAAAAGUGU